AUGGGCUUCGCGGAGGACAAGGUGUACGGCCACAUCCUGAGGAACAUGGACAAGUUCAAGAACAUCCACGUGGCGUCGCUGGUCGAUUCCCUCGGCUGCCUCACCGAAGCGGACAGGGAUGAACUUCAUACCCGACAGGAGGUGCGGGGCAGCAAUGCGACCGCCUACAAAUUGUAUCAGCACGUGAAGUGCCGCCGGGGCUGGGUGACCGACCUGAUCAACGCCCUGCACCAGAACAACGCGGGGCACCUGGCUGAAGAGCUGCAGCAGGUCUACGACCUCUACCAAACCCCUCCUCCAAGAGCCUCAGCUCCACCAGCUGCUCCAAAUCCUGGUGCUGCCUCCUUCCCUCCCGAUGCCCGGCCUGCUGUCUCCGUCAGUGCCCAGCUGCCAUUUUCGGGGCCAAAACCCGCUGCGGACGCCCCGCUGGCCGAUCCUCCCCACUGCAUCUCGUCCACUGAGGGCUCUGCCGCCACCAGUGCGAGCCCAGCUGCAAGCAGGGACGUUCCCAGCACCGACCUGGACGCCAGGGCCCCUGUGCAGGAAAAGCCCCUGGAAAAAACGAGCCUGCAGCCUCCACCACCACCUCUGGCCACAACCUACGGUGGAGAGAGCGAUGGGCGCAGCACUGCGGGGCCGCUCCCGUGCCCGACAGAGGCUGAGAGGGUGGCAGCGGGGCCCCCCGGGGGGCUUUUUCCGUGGGCUGCACCCCCCGAGCAGGGCCGGGAGUGGCUGAGCCAGCGAUCCCCGGUGUGCGUGGCCGACGGCUGCUUCGGGAACUCCAAACACCUGCACCGCGCUGCGCCGGGCUCGGGGCUGGGCACAUCCGUCCCACUCAGGGACCCGCUCAGCGCUCGUGGCGUGGGGCAGCCCAGAAAUGAACCCCAGGAAGACGUUUACAUCUCCGCCGAGCUGCCUGCGGGGUUGGCAGAGCCCUCAGGAUCUCAGGGGAGGCAGGAGAAGGAGGCUGAGCUCGGUGCUGAGCACGGAGAGGCUCCCAGCAGCCUGGUGGAUGUGCGCAGCCCCCUCCUCAUCCAGCAUGAGUUCGAUGCAGAGCAGAAACUGGCCGGGAUGCUGCAAGAACACCAAGGUGGAGACACUCGGGUGGAAUCCACCGUCCCCAGAGACACUUCCCCAUCCCGUGACGUCUCCUGGAAGCUUCCUGUGCCAGAGCAAACGCUGCCUGCGGGGAAGGCAGCCAGCAGCACCCCCCCUGUGCCAGCAGAGGAGAAAGUGCUCCCGGCCUCAGCGUCCCCUUUCCAGGGCUCAGCAGUGGGGGAAAGCUUCGUGAGCCCAUCUGGGAGGACGUCCUGCCGGGGGAGCUCUGCCACAAGCAUCUGGGCCUCUCCCAACGGCCCGGAGGAGGACGUGGAGCUCAGCAAGCCGGGCGUCCUCCUCUCGCUGCCGGGGGAAAGCCCACGGGUGGCUGCCAGGCCCCCGGGCGGCGCCGCCACCGCUUCCGAGGCCACCGAUCACCUCGGUUUGAGCAGCGACCCGCUCCUCAUGAGCACAGACAGCUCAGAUCCCGGAGAAACGCACGAGGAUUCCACUUCGGGACGUUGCUCCUCAGCUCCUGGAAGAGAAGAAGCAGGGGAAACGCGCUCCUGUUCGCCUCUCAGCUGGAGAACCGAGGAGAUCCACGUGGAGCACAGCCCCAGCGCCCUGCUGCAGGCGAGCAACGAGCUCCAGGACGGAGCUGGUGGCGUGGGGAUCUCCCCGGCUUCUCACUCGAGGGGUGGCUGCGGUGUCCCCAGCCCUGGGGACAGCCCCGGGUUUUCCUUGCCCUACCUCGUCCCGGCCGUGGGCAUCGCGCUCAUCUCCGCCGUGGCCUUCCUGGUGUACGCCCGGCUGCAGAAAUAG